AUGAGUGGGAAGUUAAAAAGUCUGGACGAAGUGCUUAAAAGAGAACCUCAGUUCGACAAUAAUACUUUACUGGAUCGUUUUUUCAAACGCUUUCAUAAACAAAUUGCAUCCCAGAUCAGUGAUGAUUCUAAUCAGAGCAUAUAUGCAGAAUUAGGAUGUGUUGAUAACGCAGAGUUUGCUUCAUUGUGCAUGAAUCAUCUAGAAGAACUGAACAAGAUAGUGUUGCAGACUGGAAGCAUCAAGAAAGAUGGACAAUAUUUGCUGCCAAUUUCACUUCAUGAUAUGAAGGACUUCGAUUUACUCGUUAAUUUAAUUGUAGUCCAUGGAAUUUAUGCAAAUUUACCAAAGGGAUUCGGUAUUCCAUUGGAACAAAGGAAAAUGGGUAGGUUCAGAGACCAAGACAAAAGAUUCAUUAUAGCCAAAGAGCACAUUCCUAAUUCGAAUACUCUUCAAUAUAUUUGCUUUGCGUUGUACAACAUAUUUAUCUCGAACCCCAUAAAGGAAAAUGUUAUUAGUGAGUUACUUUUGAAAGGAACUGGAUAUACCGACCUACUCACAGGGCUAAUUGCUUUGUUGUUUCAACAAUCAUCGCAGCACGAAAUCUUUUCGAAAAUGAUAGACAAUCUUGAGUCUUUUCAAUCAACUUAUGAGCUAUUGUCUCUCUAUUCAUUAUUAGUCCAUUCCACAGAAAUGUCGGAUAUGAGGACUUAUGUUCUGGAGAAACUCUCAACGUUACCGAUCAGAAGAAACGAUGGAGUUAUUAGUGUAAUUGAGUUUAUCGUGGGUAUACGUGAAGAGGAAGAAAUAAACGUUGAAAAGCUUCGCAGAGUUAAUCAACUGCUUGUCGCGAGACCUAAAACAUUAAAAAGUACAGAGUACUUUUCAAAGCUUUUUGACCAAAUAUAUGAUGGCAUGGUAAAUCUCAAUAGGCCAAUUAUGAUAACUUGUUUGAAUAGUUUGGUCACUGAAUUCUUCUUCAAGAACAGGCGAAUUGUAAAAGACUUCCUCUUCAAGAAGAUUUAUCGAAUCCUCUAUAAUGAACAAUUGGUCGAUAUCUCUUCUAAGGAGCUGAAUGACACCAUCAAUGUGGUUAUAUCACUUUCCAAAAAUACCUCUCUCGAGGUUGUACAAGAGUUCACCUCAGGAGGUGCGCAGAAUUUCUAUUUGAAUUUAUGGAUCUACGCAAUGUACUUGAAGAAAAAUCAACGUUUCCAACCAGGUAUAUCACCGAAAGAUCAAAAUACAGGCUCGUAUUAUAGGGUAAUCAUUGGAUUAAUCAAGACCUUCAUAGUUUUGACGUCAAAUUAUCACGCUUUGGAUGACAUCGUUCUUCAAAUAGUUAAUUUUGAUCAUGAAAGCUGGGGUUACGGGAUUGAUCUUGAAACUCAGCUUCCGUAUGUCAAGCUUCUUGAUGAUAACAAAGUUCUAGAGGAUUUAAAAGUCACUCCGUUAAAUGAUGAGAUAAAAUUGCAAAGGAUUCAAGAAGUUUUUCUGGAUAUUGAUCUUGCGGUCAACUGUUUUAAUGAAUUGCUGAAAAUGCUCAAUGAGCCUGAUGUUAUCAAAGACUUGUUUUUAUCGGUUAUGAAUAGGUGGGUUCGAGCUACUGGUAACAGUAUGAAGAAAGAAGAUACAUUGAAUGAAAAUGUUCAAAACAGUUUACUUGUUCUAGUCGAUCUGAAGCUAUUAGAAAAAAUGAACGAACAUUUCAAAGAUGAUAUUAUUCGAAAACCUCAGGAUGUUCUAUUGCUUGUUGAUGAGCUGUUGGAUUUUUGUGGGGAAGACGCAAUUGACGAUAAAUACAAUUCUAUUGCAGGGGCAACGCAAGAUUCGGAUGAUGAAGAUGAUGAAACAGAAGAUCCAGCCGUAAAUGAAGAAAGCUUUCUUGUUCAGCCUGAAUCAUCUAAUACAUUUAUAACAUUAUUGAAAUUGUUAUCUGCGGUUUUGUCGUCAACAAAACCGGAAGAACUGAUCGGUUCCAAGACCAUUUUGGAAUCGAUAACGAACACAUUAUCUAGGUACGACAGGAAUGAGAGCUGUCAAAGUUUGAAAACAAACAUUGGCAAGAUUUUGGCAAGGGACUUCGUCUUAAAUACCCAAGAAGAUGGUGAUAAACUAAAAACCCAAAAAUUUCUUCUUCAAAAGGCUAUGGCAAACCUAAAUGACUCAUCUGUUCCAAUCAGAGCGCAUGGGCUUUAUGAACUGCGGUCUCUCAUCGAACAAAAGUCCCCACUUCUUGAAACUGAAUUGGUUCUCAAUCUACACAUUAAACAAUUACAUGAACAGGAUCCUUUCAUCUACUUGAAUGCCAUCAAAGGCCUUGUAUCAUUAUGUCAAGUUCAACCUGAGAAGAGCAUGGAGUUUUUGUUGGACUUUUAUCGAAAUGAAAAUAGAAAACAUUGUCUUGAUGAUCUUUUGAGAGUGGGGGAAGUUUUAAUGAACUAUAUUAUGGACAGUGGUGAGCUGUUUAGUGGUAAGAGCGCAGAUGCCCUCGUUGGCGUUUGUUUAGAGAAAGUACAACAAGUUGAAACAACGGAUGACAGAUUGAGAAUGUCGGCAAUGUCAUUACUUUCUAUGUGUCUGCGUAUUAACGCAAAGGGAGUUCGGAAGCAUAUAACAGAUCUUUUAGAUUGCGCGUUCGGGAUUUUACGGUUAGAGAUGAAUGACGAGGAUUCAUCUAGUAGUAAUCAAAAAAAUCCGAAACUAAUGAGAAGAAGCGCAGUCCACCUAAUUUAUGACUUAAUCCAAAGUACUGGUUUGUCUGCGCUUCCACAACAGUAUAGCGGAUCUAAGUUGGUGAGUUUAAUUAAUUACGCAAAGGAGAAUGAUCGAGAUUACUUGACUUGUGAACAGAUUGACGCACUAUUAGCUCUAAUAAGAAGCGAUUUAAAGGAACAGCUUCAAAUAAGCGAUAUUCCAAAUGAGGUGGUGCAAUCUUUGAAAUUAUGA